UCAGAAGAAACAGCAUUGCGCCUUGGGUUGAACGCCUUUUCACUAUUUAAAAGGUCUCAAAGUGGAAUUUUCUACUAUGAUCAAUUGAUCGUAUGCAAUCUAGAUGCAAUUAACAGCUUAGUCUAAACAUUCCAUAUUGAGGCUCAAACCAGUUGCGUUUUAAACAUGCUGCAUAAAUGUGUGGUAGGUGGUUGUCCGAACCGAUCGGACACCAUUAUUCAUUACAUGUUACCCGAGGAUCCGAAAAGACGCAGUCUGUGGUUGAAGUUUAUCGAAGACAGUAAAGGUAAAGACCCAACCUCUUCAUGCCGAGUGUGCGGGCAACAUUUCUCCGAGGAGAACUACUUCAAAAUGGAUCUGGGUUACACCACAUGCAUGAUACUAAGCGUGGAUGCUGUUCCUACAGUACAAACUCUUAAUCGAUCACCCGAGUCAGAAAGGGUAAUACAGGAAGCAGAAGAUGAGAGUUUGGCAGAUGACACAUGUAAGAUCACCAUUUCUGAGGCUGUUUCACUUGCUUGUGUCAAAGAGGAGCCUCUUGAAUAUGAGCUGAGCUCCAACAUGACAUCUGGACAAGUGCUGAUCUCCUCACCCGAUGAGGGUGUUAAAGAUGAAGAGAGUGAGCUAGCCAUUACUGAGGACGGCAUCUCGACCGAAAUUUCCGGGGUUAGAGAAGAUCAUGGCAGAAAGUACAUCAACUGUCUAACUUGUGGCCAGAGGUUUCGCAGUAGACGCACCCUGAUGAAGCACCGACGGGCCAAUCACGCUAAAAAUAAAACCGAAUCCGAAGUCAAGGAGAAGUUUUAUAUUUGUUCAAUUUGUGGGGAGAGGUUUCAUAAAAUGGGUCUCCUUCUGAGCCAUCGAGUCAUACACACUAAGGAGAAUCCAGAAGGGAGGUUUGUGUGCCAACACUGUGGAAAGGGCUUCCCCCAUCAAGCUUUUUUGAAAGCUCACCAGAAGGUUCACGAGGAUGCCGAGUCGACCAUGCCGUUCAAGUGCCACUUAUGUCCCAGGCGUUUCGGCUACAAAGUUGCCCUCGUUGCUCACAUGAAACAUCACUCAUCUAAACUCACAUGCAUCUGCCCCAUCUGUGAAAAGAGCUUUCAGUUUAGAGGUUCCCUCAUUCAGCAUCUCAAGUCAUCUCAUGCUGGAGAGAAACUCUUGUGUAAGAUCUGCGAUAAGGGGUUCCUAAGAGUCAACGGCUACGUCAAACACAUGGACAAACACAACGUGAUGACCCCGUUCUACUGCGACAUCUGCAAAAUUUAUUUUUCACAGCGAGGCUACACAUCACACAUGGCCACCCAUGAGCACAAGAGCCUUCCCGAGCAGCAGCCUGAUGACGAGUCUGUUGAGAACCAGCCCGACGAUCCUGAAAUCAGUCUCGUCAGUGUGAAUAGCUCUGAGGAAGGAAUGGAUCCAGUCACCGGGAGGCAGGAAGAAGCUGAGAUGGAGCUGCUCUGUGAAGAUGAGACAGGGUCUGUCUGGGAAUCCAGUGGAUCCGGCAGCAGCCGAAGGUGUGGAGUCUCUGGCACACAAUGA